AUGGAAGUUCCCUUAAACUACACAUUUGACGAUGCAAACCAGUUCCUUGGCUUGUUGUCCCAGGCCAACACAGUGCAUCUCAACGCCCUGUCACCGUCUUCGGUUGAGGAUGAGUCGUACAAGAACUCACUGAGCCCUUCCAAGAUGGGUCAGUACGCCAAUGGGUCACUCAGCCAGCAGCUGUUUAUCGACCCUCGAAGCUACCAAAACUAUAUCCCCAUGGAUAUGAGGGUCGAACCAUUUCCUUCAGACAACAAAAUUCUCGGACAACAGACCUACAUCACCCCUGAGUCUGUGGACCGCCCAUCUGGCAGCAACUCUACACUGCAGCAAGUUUCUCCUCCUAACUCCGAUGAUGCCGCUCUUUCUGACGACAGCAAGACGAAAAAAUCCACAGGCAGCCUGGGGAAGAUCACUAAACCAGAGAAAAAAGAUCGCUCCGCGCACAAUAUGAUCGAAAAGAAGUAUAGGACUAAUAUCAACUCCAAGAUCUUGAUGCUUAGAGAUGCAGUGCCAUCGUUGCGAGUCGCCGCUGGUUCGGUCGACGUGUCUAUGGAGGAAUUGGACGGCUUAGCCCCUGCUUCAAAGCUCAACAAAGCCAGUGUAUUGACGAAGGCCACUGAAUACAUCAAGCAUUUGGAGAGAAAAAACGACUCGCUUGCUCAGGAGGUAUCCGACUUGCGUAUGUUGUUAGCCCAGCAGUCUCAGCGAUUGCAGCACCCCCAACAAAUGAUUAUGAUGGAGCACAUACAGCAACAGCCACAGUUUCAGCGGACGAACCUUCAAAUGAAUAACAUAAACGUAAACAUGGUCAUGGACACAAACGAUAAUACAAUACCCGCACCUAUUCAGCAAAACGGGUUCAUGUCAGGUAAUCUUCCAGGCAAGGUGGUGAUGGGUGGGAUGGCUGGUAUCAUUGGUACUACACUCUUCCACGAAGAUAUGGAUUUCAGAGGCCUCUCUGCCUUCCCUGUCUUCAACCAUCCGAUGGUUGUCCAGUUUUCUUAUUUCAUCAAGGUGAUAUUGGUCUUGGGCACUGUGCUUGCUAUCUUGCAACCUUAUUUGUUCGGCCAAGGGAAGAGUGAAAAGCUCAACCUCUUUUCGCUUUUGCGCUCUAUUCUCAGACCAUUCAGCGCUUUAGUCGACAAAACCGCCCAUACGGAGUUGAGAAGCCAUCUGCAAUCAAGAUUGCUCUCGGGAGGCUACACCGGAUUCCAGAUAUUCUGGGACUAUCUCUCGAUUUCUACCAAGACCAAGUCGUUUGAGAACGUAUUUGUGUCUGUGAUUUUCGGAAAAUUAUUAACCCUUCAAUACCCUUGGAUAAAGUAUGGCCUUCGAUACUUUUUGAAUUUGGAUCACUCGUUGUUAUCUACCAUGGAGAUUCCAUCGGAAUAUGCCGGAUUCGCCGAGUUCUUACAUAACGAACGGAAUCCGUUCUUAGAUAAUAACGAAUUGUUUACUCGGUUGUUGGAUAUCACUACAGGUGAAGCUUCUGAAACAGAUGCGACAGUUAACUCGUCUCUCUUCACGUUAGUUCCUAGCUUGAGGGCGGACCAGGUCCUACAGGAUAUCGACAUUUUACUUUUGGAAAUCGCCGUUAAGAAGGAUGAGCAAUAUGAGGAGGACGGAGAAGAGGCGGCUACUACCGAGGCUAGUAUCAUUGUCACUAAUGCGGUUAUCAGCCAAAUGCUUCAGGAUAUUGAACCCUUGAUGGUUUCUGGGUCUAAUGUGGCCAGGAAGUAUCAGCUAUUACGGGCUAAUUACGAUUUGUCUGUGAAAUCCUUGCGAUCUGCGUUUGUUUUGUUGGAGCAAGAGGUUGAGGCGCUGGUAACUUUGCCGCUGUCCAUCGCCGGCCUUUCAUCGGACGAAGACGAUGGAACUGACGAUGAUGCUUCGUUGGCCUUCACCACUGGUAAAAACCGGACCCUCAAUUUGGCUGUUCCCAUGCCUGAUGUUAAUUUAUCCUUUGAGUCAUAUGUCCUCUUCACCUCUUCGUUAAUUGCCCACUAUUUGAAGACUGGCAAAAAUACCGAAGCUCACAAGUUGUUGAAAUUCAUGGACUUUAGCGAGAAGGCAGAGGAUGUCGCGUCAAAGUUGACAUUACUGUCCUUUGUGGCUCUUCACAGUCUACUCUCUCAGGUCCCUGCUUUAUGGUACUCCAGCAUGUCUACUAAUUCUAUUUUGGAAAAGAUGGUUGUUUGUUCUAGAAUCUGGAUUGGCGAUAUUUCCCACGGUUUACUUGAAAAGGAUGCCUUGUCAGUUGAUUUGAGGGCUGCUGUUAGUGACCAUUUUGUGAAAUAUUGUUUCAAGAUCAAUGGGUAUGAGGAUAGCACUGAUACCUUGCAUGCUUCUGCUGAGUAA